GGCUCGGCGCCGCGUACGCUACGCAGUGGGCUUCGCGAAGCGGUGAGCCGCGCGACACGACGGCUACGCUUGCGAAGAAGCGUCACGGUUUGCCGAGCAUACGCGAAGAAGGACCCGACCGGUGUUGUGCGCGUGUGUGUCGUCCACGAGUGACUGGCGUCGUCUCCUGGAUUUGUUUUGCCGUUUCAUCUUUGUGAACGUCGACGCCGUCGAAAGUGAGUGGAGCAGCCGCAUACCCGGCGGACGACGGUGGGACCGUGAGAGAAGAUGGCUCGCAGCCGCCACCGCCGCCACCAGCGCCGAUAAGGAAUCUGGAGCACACACACGCCGCCGCUGGAGGCCCCGAGGGAACGCUGCGCCAGCGAGCGGCUGUCCACCGCCGCGGCGGAAAAGCUACGCCUUGCUUGUUGACAGUGCGGCCGCGCCAGUGACCAGUGCAACGUGCCCGGCUUGUGUUCAUAAACCAGGCCCCGACUAGGUGUGUGUGUCUUCGACGAUAGCGCCUGAGAAGCAGGGCGCGUUUUGUGUUUCGUGCGCGGUGUGAGUGUAUUCCCAGUGUCUGCGAUGUCAGCAGUGCCCCAGACGCGCGACGUGGCCAUGUUUGAGCUGGGUCUUAGGGACUACGGCUCCAGCUGGACGCGACUUCAGGAGGCCCUUCGAGUGCAGCAGCAGUUGUACGGACCCGCGAGGCAGGAGGAAGUGCCGCAGCCGAGUCCGCCUGCCUGCUCCGACGAGGGAAGCGUGGAGAAGACUGCUUCUAAGGGAAAGUCCAGGGCUGGACUGAUCGGGCUCAUAACUAGAAAGAAGGACGGCAAGAAGAAAGAUAAAAGGUCGUCCAAGUCACCCGAAAGGAAGGCUAAGGAACCUUUAUCGGAAGAUGACGUUGUGGCAAAGCCCGAGUCUUUGACAGAAGGCUCGUCCCUGAAAAGACCCGUUCGCAAAGAAACGCCAAAGUCGUUCGUCCGGACACCGUCCACCGAGAAAGGAGUUGAUGUUCCUGACGCGACAAUGGGCAAGUCUCAGAGCCCAAAGUCCUUCUCUGGCAUGUCUGAAACUUUUGACUCUGACGAGAAGCUGUCGAUGGAGGACUUUCGUAGCAACGGUGAUGCGGGCAGCCCCGCGGAUGAAUUUCUGGUCAAUGGGAACAGGCGACAGGAGUCCCCGCCGGAAAGAGAGCCUCGGGGACCCAAAAACAUGCAUGUUGAAGACGACCACGGCGGUCAGCGAAAAAGCGCGCGAGCGCCCGUCAAGACCCCCAGGGGAAACAAAGCGGCAAGCCCGCCUCGAGAACGAGAUGAGGUCGUCUACAGAAAGCCUCGUCAGCGGUCCUUCCGGGAAGACUUCUUCGGCGAGAAUGGGCACGACGAUUUCAGCCUUCGUGAGCCUCAGCGUCGACCGAAUGAUCCUCAACACAGACAACGAUCGUCGAGACAGCAGUAUAGCUUGAGUGAUCCACCUUCCAGCGUCAACAACGGUGAUCCUUUGGCGGAGCAGUCAUUGAGCAAGCCUAUGGACGAACUUGAGCCGAUUCGCCCAUCAAGGGAGGUUGAGCGUGUAACGUACAGACGGGAAGUGGUUGAGCAGCCCAGAGGACAGUCACAUUUUAGACCAGCUGUUGACGUAGAGCCGCACCGUUCUUCCAGAGACGGCGAUAGAACCAGCUACCGACGCGAAGAAGGUGAGCCUCGCCGAGGGCACUCCCUGACGAGACCGAAGUCCGACAUCGAACCUCGUCGUCCAUCCAGAGAGGCUGAACGGGCGAAACACUCCUUUACGAGGCCCAAUUCCGACAUCGAGCCGCAUCUUCCAACCAGAGAGGCUGAACGGUCCAGUUAUCGUCAUGACCAGAGAGACGUCGUGAGAGGACACUCGUUAACGCGGAACGAUACCGAAGUCCAGCGGUCGUCUAGGGACGCUGAAAAAGUGGGUUACCACCGUGAGGACCACGAAGCGCACUUAGACCGCUUGGUCACCAGGCAGGCCGGUACAGGUGAUGUCGAACCCCUUCGCCCGGCGAGGGAAGCCGACCGCGGUAAUCACCACCGGGAACCACACGGACAAGCACCGAGAGGUCAUUCGCUAACGAGGCCCACCGCUGAGACCGAGCCGCACCGCCCGCCGCGAGAGGCCGACCGCGCAGGUCCCACGCACCGUCGGGAGCUGUCCCCUUACCAGCAUGAAGUGGACGACUACAACGAUCGCCGUUCGAGGCGCCAUGACUACGCGGAAGCGCGCACCAGGGGAGACGAAUCGCACCCUCGCGGACGCGACUACAGUCCAAUGGAGAGGCGUCCCAACGGCCGCCUUGAGUCUUUCAAAAACCGACCUCAGACUGAUAGAGAGCCGCGCGUGUCAAACAGGGCUGACAGGCUAUCGCACGUGUUCAGGGAGGACACGGCAGAGAGGAACAAGGAUCACGACGAGUGGAGUGACAGGGACGGCCGUCAACAGCAGCUUCCGCCGCAGCAGCAACGCCGGGACGGCCGUGCCGACCAGGAGCCCAGAAGCCCACCUCACACCCAGCAGCAGCACCAGCCGGUGCAGGCCACCGACAGCAGCGUGCGGCCGCUGGGCUGCACUCGCUGCGGCGAUCGCGUCUAUCCCAAGGAGAUGGUGACGCCCAAGCCGGGCGUGCUCCUGCACAGCGGCUGCUUCAAGUGCCGAGAGUGCGGAGUCAAGCUGACGCUGCAGACGUUCUUCACGAACCAGCGGGACACGCGGGACAUGGACGUCUACUGCCGCACCCACGUGCCCCGCCUGGGUCCUGGAACCGUGGAUGGCAACGCCCUCAACAUCCUGACCAGCAAGAACAGCCGAGAGAUCAAGUUCAGCCGGUACCCCAAGGCCAGCGACACGGAGCUAUCUUCGCAGGACGACGGCUGACGUAGCAAGUGGCUGCUCUCCUGGGGGCGGUCGGCAACCUCGCAGAGGUUCCCUCGACGAAGGCUUCCAGUAUGUCACCCUAUCCGGAAGAAGAAAAAAAUACGGGAAAACUUGCUCACUUCUCAAUUCAUACGACACGUGGAAUAACGCUAUGCCGCGUGUGUGACCUGCGCUGAAAUUUGUGUACAUAAUCGCGAGUACCGUGCAUCCGUCGUGCAGGCGCACGACACUGGGAAUAACUGCCGUGCGUAAGAACGUUAGUCAGGUGACGCAACCGUCUUUACGUUCGCAGGCUACGAACUGUUGAAUGCAGAUACCGGUGACGAAGAGCUGCAUACAUGUAUAUGCCGCUUUGGGUCACGACUCGUCCUUAUCCUCGUGUUGCGCACGAUGACUCUGAUACUUGGCAAUAUAUAUCUUGCCUGUAUAUUCUGGCCGUAGGAUAUUGUUGCCGGUACGUGUGUAUCUCUGCUUGACAUACUGCAGGGCAGAUGACGCAACGUGCCCUUUCCCCGAGUGGAUUUUCUUAAGCGGAACACUCGGUGGCUUCCAGCGAACAAAGUGAAGCGAGUUUACAGAUCUGCGGGAGUGUCCUAGAUGUAUUCAAGUUCCACCGUGUUGACAACAUCUUGGGCCGAUGGAGCACGACCUCGGUCCCCUGAUAAAACCUGACGAGAUGGCGAGUUGGACGACGUUAAAGAGCGCGCUCAGUGUCCAAAAUAGCGCUUAAGUUCGGGACGUGCGCUCGACAUAGGUCAAACUUUCACGCCACCGCCGUGGUGACGAUGUCGAUGCGGCUGUUUCACUUGUUCAAAGACCAGCGUUUCCGCGAGUUUCCCCCUGGCAUUCAUCCCCUCCUCAUGUAUUAAGCUCUUUUUUUUAUGGGGAGAGAAGGCGAUAUGGCGGGGAUGUGUAACGUGCGGUAUGCGUGAAACUCUCACGUAACAACUCACUCGCGUGUUCGGUGAGUUCGUUACUCAUAGUUGCCCGUGAACCUAUAACGAGCUGUCUGGAAGUUCACGAAGUUGUGUAUUUACCAAACUAACAGACGUAAAUCGUGUAUCUGCUGGGUUUUUUUUUUUUUUUUACAGCGACCCAACUAGCGACCCGAACAGGGCAACAAGUCGGCCACUGCCGAGUGCCCUGGAUGCCACGGAUGCCCCUCGUGGCACACAGGGCGUCUCUUGAAUCUCUCGAAUGCGACAUUUUUUUUUCUUUUAAGUUGUUGUAUGAACGUCGUCGACACUCACUACUUCAAUAUUAUACACGACAAAUGAUUGCGAAUAUUAGGGGUACCGGUGAACAACUUUGCCAUCAAUAGGCAACUGCUUGCAGUACGUGCCACGUUCUUGUUUUUUUUUUUAUGGUAGAAAAAAUAAGGAUCACAUCUUUACACUGCGAAGCAGGAACGCCACGCCCGUUAGAACUUUAUCUCAUAAAGGCGUACGAUGGCCUAAAAUACGUACUUCUGACAUACUCGAGGAAGCCACAAGAUCCCAUAAAUAUGCACAGUUUGAAAACAGAUAUAUGCAUAAUCGUGUUCUGAUAUCAACUUUAAAACAUAUCUCCGUAAAUUCGGACAAACUGUCUCAAGCAUUAUUAUUGGGUUAGCUCUCAUUACCUGGUGCAACAUCUUCCCCAGGCUGGCUAGACAAUUUGCUCGGUGAUAAAUUUGUGUAAAAUGUUAAACCACCCCACACGUAUACUCGUCACCAGCAUUUGUACCAGCUGGCACAUGGAAGCAUAUAACCUGGACGUCUCUGUAUUUCUCGAGAAAAAUGCACACUCAUACUCUCAAGUUCGUGCUAGAAGGACUUUGUAAGUUAAACUAGUAAAGUAUGCCUGCACGCAAGGACAUAAAGAAUGGCUAAAUAUAAUUCACUGUUGUAGACGAUAUCAUAAAAGCGCCAAACACCACUCGUGGUGUGGAUUGCGCCAAUUUGACACGCUCAGACAGUUUGAACAUUCCACCAAUUGAAAAUAAAAUAGUGCUGUUGCCUUCAUGAACGACCUAAAAGGAAAUGCAAGUGCUUUCUAAGAGAACACCGCUAUGCAUAUUUCGUACAAAGCGAUCGUUUCAGCCAUCUUCUAACUAGGCUUGUUUCGUUGAGAACUACAUAUUCAUUGUAUCACAUAUGACGUACAGGAAGCCCUGACGCUUCCGCCCUACGAGUACACUCCCGUGGCAAGCACUGUUUCAUACUUUUCCCGUAUCAAAUGCACAUGCGACAUGAGUAUCUAUGCAGCAGAAAGCUAGUCACGAGUUCUAAAUAAUGAGCGUUGCGAAGUAGGACAUACUUUCCGUUUCGGGAGCGAGCAAGCGCUGUGUAGUCACUGUGCAUACGGGUCGCUUUGCCGCCUUCCGCGAUCGCUGCAUAUUCAUUUUGCGUCGCGUGUUGAGGCCUUCGGAGGGCAUUUGCGUCAAAACGAAGACCCCGUGGUAAAUGACACCCUUCUGCGCCUCGCUCGGUUCGUGGUCGUGCCUGGAGUCGAUCGUUGUAGCGCACAUAAGACAAACGAGAGAAGCAAUAACAUAUCUCAGGGAUUUACGGCGAGUGUUGUAGGUAUCCAAUCACAUCACAUGAAUCGUUCCAGGGACGUAG